AUGUUCCUGUUUUCUUCGCUCCCUCUCCUUCUCCUGAGUGUGAUGACAGCAUCUUGUUCAGAAACCUGUGAAGAAGUCCAGAAGACCUGCCAUGUGGUUGCCUGUGGUUCCCCAGGCAUCAAUGGCCUCCCAGGCACCAAAGGAGAAAAGGGAGAACCAGGCCAAGGGCUUAGAGGCUUGCAGGGUCCUCCUGGAAAACUGGGACCUCAAGGACCCCCAGGCCUUCCUGGGUUGCAGGGAGUAAUGGGUCCAAAAGGAGAUCCUGGAAAGAAUUCAGAUUAUGAUAGUGGCCUGGCUGCUUCAGAAAGACAAGCUCUGCGAUCAGAACUGGACCGUAUCAAACAGUGGCUGAUUUUCUCUCUGGGCAAAAAGGUUGGGAAGAAGGUCUUCUUGACCAAUGGUGAAAAGACGACCUUUGGCAGAGUAAAGGCUCUGUGCGCUCAGUACCAGGGCUCUGUAGCCACCCCUAUGAAUGCUGAAGAGAACGCAGCCAUCCAGAAUGUGGCCAAGGGAGAAACCUUCGUGGGCAUCACCGAUGAAGCAACUGAAGGCCAGUUUGUGGAUCUGACAGGAAGGAGUGUGACCUUUGUGAACUGGAAUAAUGGUGAGCCCAAUGACGCUGACAAUUCGGAAGACUGUGUGAUGCUCCUGAAAGAUGGCAAAUGGAAUGACAUCUCCUGUUCUCAGUCCUUUGUGGCAGUCUGCGAGUUUCCUGCCUGAGGGAGCACACCUCUCCGGCCCUCCUUGACCUUUGUUGUACCCCAAAAACCUACAGUCUGCUUUGAAAGAUAAAUAGAUUUCCCCAAACUCAGUGUGGAGUUGUUCUUUUUGUGGGGAUGGGGGACUGGAGAACAUAAGAAGAAUGGAUUGAAUGAUGGGACAUGGAAGUGAGAAGGGGGAGAACCUGAUAAUGAUACAAUGAGAGUUUCUAGUUCAUCCUUAAUCAGCCAUAAUAACCACCAUUCUUGAAGAUGCAUCCAAUGUUUUAAAUUUUGGCAGCAUACAGUUUCCUAAGCAGAAGGUUUUAAAGGCAACAAAUUAUUUGGAAGAAUUUGGCCUAGUGGACUUGUUAAAAAAAAGUCAGAUCAGUUCCUAAGAUAGGAGUGAAAUCAUUGACAGAAACAAUAAACACUGUACAAUUUCAUGCAGUGCAUUCCCAGGUCCAGAGCUGAAAAAUUGUCAGGGAAACAUCUGCCAUUAUGCUAAGCUACCAGAGACAAUAAAGAAAUAUUUCAGAAUCUGAGCUGUUGCUGUGAGUCGGA